AUGCCGCGGAAGGAAGACAUUUUUGACUCCAUGUGCAAAGGGCGCUUGAGGAAACAGGACGUACCGUAUACCGCGUUUUCGACACCUGACGCACAGUUCGAAUAUUUGGUGACUCUCAUGGGCCUCUCGUGUAGCCCUACAGCAUUCAAUCACCUGACCCAGAAAGGCUUUGCCGAUCAGAGCAGCUUCUACAAUGCCUAUUUCGACGACUUGUUUGUCUACACCGAGACAAACGAUAUGGAGGAUCACCUUGUUGCCCUAGAAAAGGUUCUUGAGAGGUGCAAGGAGGAACGGGUGUACAUCAAGCUGUCGAAGUGUACAUUCUGCGCCUGGGAGAUACCUUGUCUAGGCGACUUCAUCGGAAUCCAUGACAUUCGGAUGGACCCCGACAAUGUGAGAAGUGAUCCAGAACUGGCCAAAGCCUCGCACGAAGCGUGA